GAGCCGUCAGUCCGACAGAGAGGGCCGCGCACAGUCGUAAUCAAGCGUUGACGAGAACGGUCACAAGCGCUAUUUUUUGUGGCUCGCCCACUAAAUCAACAUACUCUCGAAUCGCGAUUCGUAUCCGUGUCCAUCCGUAUCCGUAUCCUUGUUGUCUUAGUUACGCGCUUAUAUCAUCUUUCAAGCACUUUGAAGCAACUUUAAUAGAACCAAAAUGCCCACACAAAGCAGUGCGCUGUGGCGACAGAAGAGCAAUCGGGGCUUAAUUAUUGUUAUUUUUGGAUUUUGUCUUGGACUAUUUGGGAUAGUGUACGGUAUGUUCUGGGAGGACAUAUUCAAUUGGAUCAAGCAUAAGGAAAUGGCGCUCGCGCCAGACACACAAGUCUACGACAACUGGAAGACGCCGCCGGUAGAGCUGCACUUGGAUAUCUACUUGUACAACUGGACGAAUCCUGAGGAGUUUGGCAAUCAGAGCAGCAAACCCAUAUUGGAGCAAUUGGGUCCCUAUCGCUUCAUAGACAGACCGGACAAGAUCAACAUUAGCUGGCAUCCGUCAAAUGACUCGGUCAGCUAUCGACGGCUCAGUUUCUUUUACUUUGACGCUGCGGGCAGUGUGGGUAGUCUGGAUGAUGAGGUCACAACACUAAAUGCCGUGGCCUUGUCGGCAGCUGCCACGGCCAAAUAUUGGAAUUCCGUUAAACGUGGCAUGGUCGAUGUGGGCCUUAAGCUUUAUGGCCAGGAGAUGUCCGUGACGAAAACGGUCGAUGAAAUGCUCUUCACGGGCUACAGCGAUCCCAUGAUUGACGUUGCCAUGGCCAUGCCCAUUUUCGGAGAUGAGGUCAAAGUGCCCUUCGAUAAGUUCGGCUGGUUCUAUACACGCAACGGCAGCGCUGAUCUAACAGGUGUCUUCAAUGUGUUCACCGGCGCCGAAGAUCUACAAAAGCUGGGUCAGAUGCACUCCUGGAACUAUCAGACCCAUACGGGCUUCUUCGAUUCGUAUUGUGGUCUGACCAAUGGUUCUGCUGGCGAGUUUCAGCCGCAGCAGCCGCAGCCAGGUGGAAGCAUCGGUCUCUUCACUCCAGACAUGUGCCGCACUCUGAACCUGGACUAUGUGGACACGGUCGAAAUCGAAGGAUUGCAGGGCUACAAGUUUACAGGUGGUCCGCGAUCCAUUGACAAUGGCACUCUCUAUCCGGAGAAUCUGUGCUUCUGCGGCGGCGAGUGUGUGCCGUCCGGUGUAAUGAACGUCAGUUCAUGCCGCUUUGGCUCGCCGGUAUUCAUGUCGUAUCCGCAUUUCUAUAAUGCCGAUCAAUACUAUUUGGAUCAGGUGGAGGGUCUGGAGCCCAAUCAACAGGAUCACGAGUUCUACAUGGUAGUGGAGCCACGCACCGGCAUUCCGCUCGAGGUAGCAGCACGUUUCCAGGUCAAUAUGCUGGUUGAGCCCAUUGACGGCAUUUCAUUGUAUGAGGACAUUCCACGCAUAUUCUUUCCGCUGAUCUGGUUUGAGCAGAAGGUGACCAUCACGUCGGAUUUGGCCGACCAGCUUAAGCUGUUGCCGUUUGUGCUACUGGCUGGCCACAUCUUUGCCGGAAUUUGCCUGGCCGUGGGUCUGAUAAUGCUCUGCUGGACACCGGUGCAAAACAUGCUCAGCUAUUGCCAGACGCGACAAUAUGACGUGAAGGUUCAGCACAAGAGUAAUGGCCAAUACAAGAGUCGCUCGCAAUUCUCCAGCGCCGAGGAGCUUAAGUCCAAAGCCUCGACAAUGGUAUGCGAGAAAAGUGAUACGCCAGACAAUUCGCCGCUUCUCGAAAGGAAUAGCAAGCCUGCAACUAUAAUGUCCAAGUCGCAGACUGGUGACAGUGUCGCCACUGCUUCAACGGUCCUUAGUGAUACGACGGAAAUGAAGCAAAUCUAACGGAGGAAACAGGGAAUAAACGUAAACUUUCCACUUAGCCAGUAAGCCGUCCUAGUGCAUUAGAUAGUCCUUAGUCAGUUAUAAUAGUGUAGGAAUACAUACAUAAACAAAAAUGUCCCUCAUCGCCUCUGAAUUCAGCUCCUCAUUCCGCAGUUGAUCAAGAAGUGGCAAUGCCAAAGAUUAUGUAGCUUGGUUAGAGUGGCAUAAAUUACGAAUACUCUCUCUACAUCUACAUAAAUAUACAUUUAUAGUUUUAAUAUGGUAUUUGAAAUGAUUGGGAAUUUAUCAUCAGCGAGAAUUUUGAUAAAAUUGUUUUAUAUACUCGUUCUACUUAAAUUAUGUUUGACAUGUAAAAGCUCUAUCGAAUUAAAUAUUUUAUAUACAAAUUAA